AUGUCGAAUGCUCAUUACUUGAAACUUGCAUGUCACGUUCUCCUAGCGUUACUGAUAUGUAAUUUAUGCCUCAAGUUGGUCGACAGAUACCUUCUUUUCAAUCUGACCCAAUGGCUUUUGACAUGUCGAGGAGGUGAAUGCAGCGAUAUCAAAUGGUGGCAAAGACUGCCCCAACUAGAAAGACUAGUAUGGUACUUUCUAGAUCAUGUUGAAAAUAGGCGACAGGAUAUUUCAUGA